AAGUCCUCAACUUUUUCUGCCCCUGCUUUAACUCUGUGUUCGUAAACACUAAACAUAAACUGUGAGAGUAUUCCUAGGAGUGCGAGAGCGACAGUUUGUAAGCCUAAAGCUUCCACGUAUUAGCUUAAAAUCAACUGAGAAUUUUUCUUUAUUCUCGAAAUCAAAGGAUAUGGAGAUUAGUAAGGUUACCUUGGAGAUAUUCUCGAAGCUUGAGCAGCAAUGGCUUUCUCAACGAGAAAGCAGCAAGAAGACGCGUAUCCUUAGCAUUGACGGUGGCGGAACAACCGGCAUACCAUCCGGCGCCGCCUUGAUCCACCUCGAAGACCAGAUCCAAGCCAAAACAGGUAACUCUGGUUCCCGCAUCAUAGAUUUCUUCGACAUCAUAGCCGGUACCGGCAUUGGAGCACUUCUGGCGGCAAUGCUUAACGCCGAUGACGGAAACGGCCGUCCACGGUUUACUGCGAGAGAGGCGGUUGAAUUUAUCAGCGACAGGAACUCGGAGCUGUUUAAGGUGAAGAAUGUUGGCGUAGUUCACCGUAGACGGAUGUUUUCCGGCAAAAGUAUGGAGAAGGUGUUGAAGGAGGCGUUAACUAGAGACGACGGAAAGGUUUUGACGUUGAAGGACACAUGUAAGCCUCUGAUUGUUCCCUGCUAUGACCUGAACAGCUCUGCGCCCUUUGUUUUCUCUCGAGCCGACGCCUCCCAAUCGGCUAGCUACAACUUCGAUCUCUGGAAAGUUUGCCGAGCUACAUCGUCUGAUCCGUCAAUGCUCAAGCCAUUCCAUCUCACAUCAGUCGACGGUAAAACCUCCUGCUUCGCCGUUGACGGCGGUUUAGUGAUGAACAAUCCGUCCGCCGCCGUGGUGACUCACGUUUUACACAAUAAACGCGAUUUCCCCUCCCUCACGGGCGUCGAAGACCUCUUAGUCCUUUCCUUAGGUAACGGUCCGUUGAGCAAUUCGCCUCAUCCAAAGGUUAGCGGUAGCGGCCAUUGUCUGAAUCAGUGCGUCGUUGGCAUUGCUCUCGACGGUGUAUCGGAAACUGUUGACCAAAUCUUAGGUAACGCUUUCUGCUGGAACCAUGCCGAUUACGUUAGAAUUCAGGCGAACGGUUACUUGAACGGCGGAGUAGGACAGACGGUGUCGAUGGAGAAGCUGUUGAAUGAGAGAGGAGUGGAAACGUUGCCGUUUGGGGGUAAGCGGUUAAUGACGGAGACUAACGGACAGAGAAUCGAAACCUUUGUACAGCGUCUUGUAGGAAGUAGUUUACCUCCGAGUCCGUGUAAAAAUACUACCGUUAGUCAACAUGUUGACGGUCGUUAAGCCUUACUGUUAUUAUUGUUUUUUUUUUCCUCCGUAUUUUAGGGUUUUUCACUUUGUUUUUGCGUUUUAGGUUUCCUACUUAAAAUGUUGUAUCAUGUUUCAGUUCUAUUAUCAUGUUGCAGUUAGUAAUAAAAUUUAUGAUAACGACA